UGAUUUUGAUUGUCACAACAGGUCUUGCGCAAAAUGCUAAUAAUGUUGUAAAUCGCCAAUUAAUUUGUUGUUAAACUGAUUGCUCAUGAGUGAAAGCACAAAAAGUGAUUUUGUAUUCUGUGUUGUGUAGUUAUUUAGAUGACCCUUAGUUUUGAUCAUCCGGCAUUGGGCGAGAUGGAACAAAUCAUCUGCAGCCUGGAGCGUGGAACACUGAUUCAGAAAUUUUACCCACGGAGAAAACCAGAUAUGAAAACUUUGAUGUUACAAAGAGAAACACACCAGGUUACUUGGUCACCACCUGGGCAGAGCAAUAGAGCUGAUUUCGAAGGGGCAUUUGAACUUCGCGAAGUAAAGGAAAUUCGCAUUGGGAGAGGUUCCAAAGAUUUCGAAAAAUGGACAGAGGAAGCAAAAAAAGUCGAGCACCGAAAAUGCUUUAUUAUAUUUUACGGCAACGAAUUCAAACUACGCUCUCUGUCGGUUGUAGCGCUCUCGGAAAGAGAAUGUGAAAUGUGGAUCAAAGGUCUUAAGCACAUGGUAGCAGAUGCUGUCAAUGCUCCCUAUUGGUUGAAAGUAGAACGUUGGCUGAGAAAGGAAUUUUAUGCAAUGGAAAAUUCGCGUGAUACUGUGAGUUUGAAGGAACUCAAAUCUUUUUUUCCAAAAGUCAACUAUAAAAUGACAACAGCUAAACUGAGUGAAGUUUUUCAUGAAGUAGAUACUCGCCGGCGCAACGAGCUAGGAUUUGAUGAUUUUGCUCGGCUCUAUCAAAAAAUAAUGGCUGCUCAAAGGGGCAUACAGGAAUAUAUUGGAAUUAAUGUACAGACAAUAACAUCAAAGGAAUUUCAAAAGUUUCUAAAUGAAAAACAAAAUGAUCCUUUAACAAAUGAGUUAGAAGUUUCAAGUAUCAUUCGCGAAUAUGUGCAAGAUCCAAUCCGAGACGUUCAGGAACCAUAUUUAAAAAUACAAGAGUUCAUUGAUUUUCUUUUUUCGCGUCAAAAUGAAAUUUGGAACAAAGAGUGUGAUAAGAUAUACCAUGACAUGAAUCGCCCACUCGCACACUACUGGAUUUCAUCAUCACACAAUACCUACCUUACCGGUGAUCAGUUUUCAAGCGAAUCUUCAGUGGAAGCAUACGCCAGAGCUUUGAGAAUGGGGUGUCGUUGUAUAGAGUUGGACUGCUGGGAUGGCCCUGAUAACAUGCCGUUAAUAUUUCAUGGACAUACGUUUACUACCAAAAUUAAAUUCAGAGAUGUAAUCCAGGCUAUAAAAGAACACGCAUUUGUUACGUCAGAAUACCCAGUGAUAUUAUCAAUAGAACAAAAUUGCUCUUUGGCUCAACAACGAAAGAUGGCAUGCGCAAUGCAAGAUAUUUUUGGUGACAUGUUACUUACACAACAAAUCGAGAAAAAUGAGCAACAGUUGCCCUCUCCAUCACAAUUAAAAAGGAAAAUUGUUCUAAAACAUAAAAAGCUUCCGGAAAAUGCAGGAAAAUUUGAGGAUUUCAUAGUACCCAGUGAUGGUUCUUUGAUUAGACCCGAUGAAACUGAAUUAGAUAUUAGAAAUACUGUUAAGAAUGGUAUUCUAUUUUUGGAGGAUCCAGUGGACAAAGUAUGGAAUCCUCAUUUUUUUGUGUUGACGCAGCAUAAGUUGUUUUAUACGGACAGCCAAAGCACAACUGAAAAAGAAGAUAUGCGUGAGGAAGAAAAUGAGCCUAGUUUAUCGAAUUAUAAAGAGAGCAUAACCAAUGAUGAGUUGCACUUUGGCGAAAACUGGUUUCAUGGUAAAUUACCAGGUGGUCGAGAGGAAGCUGAAAGUCUUUUACGACAGUACGCGCAUCUUGGCGAUGGAACAUUUCUUGUACGCGAAAGUGUCACGUUUGUUGGUGAUUACUGUUUGUCGUUUUGGCGCCAAGGAAAGCCUAACCAUUGCAGGAUAAAACUAAAACAGGACAAGGGUGUAACUAAGUAUUAUUUGAUGGAGAACAAUUAUUUUGACAAUUUGUACAGUUUAAUCAUCUUCUAUCGCCAGAAUUCUCUUAGAAGUGCAGAAUUUUAUAUUACAUUAAAAGAGCCUGUGCCACAGCCAAACAAACACGAAAGCAAGGAAUGGUAUCACGGGAACACAAGUCGUGAGCAAUCUGAAAUUAUAUUACAUCAUUUACAGAACGAUGGAGCAUUUCUAGUUAGGCCGAGUGAUAAAGGAUCAAACGCUUAUGUGAUUUCAUUCAGGGCUAACCAUAAAAUCAAACACUGUCGAAUCAAAGUAGAAGGGCGAUUAUAUAGCGUUGGUGGGAUGGAAUUUGAAAGUUUGAUUGACUUAGUGAAUUUCUAUAUGAAGCAUCCGCUUUACAAGAAAGUUAAAUUAACCCAUCCAAUCUCCAGAGAUAUGAUGAAACGAAUCAAUACUAUGAGCGUGAGUGUAAUCAGAUAUUUAAAUAGCUUGAAUGAAAAAAUGUUUGUGUUACAGGCUCCUGAUGAUAAUGGCGUCUAUAGUUACAUGGACCCUUCAUCUGUAAAUGAAAAGAUAACUGUGAAGGCACUUUACGACUACAAAGCCCAACGUGAAGAUGAACUGUCUUUUUGUAAACAUGCUAUAAUUACAAACGUCGAUAAAAAAGGCAACGAAUUAUGGUGGACAGGUAAUUACGGAGGAAAAAAGCAGCAUUAUUUUCCCGCAAAUUACGUACAAGAAAUCAACACUGCUGAUGGAAGUAGUGAUGAUAGUGGCAGCGACACUCAAAUGCUUGGAAGUCUUCAGAAAGGAUCUCUUGACGUAAACGGAGCCGUUGUUGAAUUAACAUAUGGCCCGCACCCGGAACUGGAUCGAAUUCUGCGCAUUCAAAAUCCUUUAAUGCAGAACGUCUUCGAAAUCGGAGUUCAAUCAAAAGAACUUGCUAUUGAAUGGAUGAGCUCUAUUAAAGAAGUUGCACAAAACGCUAGUGUACUCGAAAAUGAGCGCCGAAAAAUGGAGAGAAAUUCACGGGUCGCAAAAGAAAUGUCAGAUAUGAUAAUUUACUGUAGAAGUGUUCCUUUUAAAAAUACUGGCUGGGUGUUUUAUGAAAUGUCUAGUUUUCCAGAAACAAAAGCAGAAAAAUAUUUCUUACAGCAAGAAACUGAACUUUUUGUUCGAUAUCAUAACAAUCAAAUAAGUCGAGUUUAUCCCAAAGGUCAACGCUUGGAUUCUUCUAAUUAUAAUCCUAUACCAUUUUGGAAUACAGGAUCUCAAAUGAUUGCUCUGAAUUUCCAAACACCAGACAAAUGGAUGCAGUUGAAUCAAGCGAAAUUUAGAGAUAAUGGUGCUUGUGGUUAUGUAUUAAAACCUGAUUUUAUGUUUCGGGAAGGAUUUAAUCCGAAUGAUCCAAAUACAUUAAUAGGAGUCGAAGAGAAAACAAUAACAAUCGGAAUAAUUGGCGCUAGACAUUUAUGCAGAGGUGGGAGAAACAUCACAAGUCCACUAGUGGAAAUUGAGCUUUUAGGUGCUAAUUUCGAUAACGGCGUUAAACAUAGAACAAGAUCAAUAGCCGAUAAUGGAUUCAAUCCAUUUUGGAAAGAGGUUUGUGAGUUCAAAGUGGUGAAUCCAGGUUUGGCAAUGUUACGUUUCGAAGUACAAGAUGAGGAUAUGUUUGGCGAGCCAAAUUUUAUAGGUCAAGCGGUUUUUCCGGUUAACGCAAUACGUACUGGCUUUCGAAGCGUUCCUUUAAGAAAUAAAUUUAGUGAAGAGCUGGAAUUGGCAACACUUCUAGUACAUAUUGUUAUUCGCUCUAGUAACGAAGAGAAUGGCUGAGGAAGUGUUAUGCGUAUGUAAAGAGUUACAAUUGGAAGUAUUAGUUAUUUGUAGACUUCAAACGCAACAAGCUAAAACACAACUAACAUUUGUUCAAAAGUGCCUGAAUAUGUUAUUUUUAACAAACAGAUCGAGCUAUUUGGUGUAGAAAAUCUAUAUCUAUUAAAUAAAAAUCAGUUGGUAUCUGUAAAAAGGUGCAUCACUUGAAAUA